AUGACUUUUGAUACGGAGAAAUUUAUUCGCGAAAUUGAAAACCGUAAAGCGUCUUCAGAAGAAUACAGUGGUACAAAACCGGUCUGGGUAUUUACGAACAUCUUUAAAAUAGAUACGCACAAAAUUACAAGUUCUUCCACGUCCAUAUCCCUCGAAAAAAGGAUCGCAACUGGCUGUCCAUUGGCUGUCAAACGGCCGGUGCAGCCUGGCUGCCUGAAGUGGCUGCCCAAAUAUUUCGGCCGCCGCAGCCUGGCUGGGCAGCCAGGCUGCCUAGUGCGCGGCAUGCCUUAUGACUACCGCAGCCGGGAGUUCGUGGCUGCUUAG